UCUCCCCUUGCAUGUGAUCCUCCCCUCUCCCUCCCUCCGCCUCAUUGGCGGAAACGAAAGCAUCCAAUCCACCGCCGCCCACCACACCAACGAGAACAGAGGGGAUGUCAGAGAAACGGAACGAAGAUAGAAUGCCAAUCCUAGAGAGAUAUGGCAAUGUUGGUUUCCUACUCGAACUGCCGAUCUCCCACUUGCCUGGUACCGCUGUCUGGUUCCUUAAUUUCAAUCUAGAAUUGGUCCGUUGAUUUGCUCGGAUCAAGCUGUUUAAUUCCUGGACUACGGAAAAUGGCCCAGUUGCCUCCCAAGAUCCCUACUCUAUCCACCAACUGGCCCAAUUUUGGCUACCACAAGUCCCCCUCGAUGGGCACAUUCGUCGCGGCCGCCGCCGAGCCCUCCUGUGCGGACGAGUUCUUGGGCUUCUCCGCCGCCAAGCGCGGCGCCCACCGCAGGUCGGUGAGCGACUCGGUCACCUUCCUCGAGCCCCCGGCUGACGGCAGCAUCGACGAGAGCAGGGCCCAGGACUUCGACCGCCUGGAUGACGACCAGCUCCUGUCCAUAUUCUCGGAUGACGUGCCCCAUUUUUCGGUGGCACCGGUCUCGUCGUCGACCCCGUCGACACCUUCCGACCGCAACAGCAGCGAAGAGAAGACAGGGGAGGAGGCGCAGAGUGCGUGCAAGGUGGAGCCUCGGGCCACACCGGCAGCCGCGCCGCAGGCUGCAGGGCCGGAGCCAACUGCUGAUCCCCGGAGGGUCAAGAGGAUCUUGGCGAACAGGCAAUCGGCGCAGAGAUCCCGAGUUAGGAAGCUGCAGUACGUCUCCGAGCUCGAACGCAGUGUAGCAGCAUUGCAGACUGAGGUAUCGGCAUUGUCUCCCCAAGUCGUAUUCCUUGAUCACCAGCGCUCCCUCCUCACCGUGGGCAAUAGCCAUCUCAAGCAACGGAUUGCUGCCCUUGCUCAGGAUAAUAUCUUUAAGGACGCUCAUCAAGAGGCACUGAAAAAGGAGUUGGAGAGGCUGAGGCGAGUCUACCACCAGCAGAGCCUCCACAAGAUGAGCGCUCCCACCUCGGACCCCGCCAUUCCCGCUGACAACCGGCUCCUUGCUCCUUAGCACCGGCGGCGCCCACUCCGUGGCGCUUCCCCUUGGAAGCCCUCGUGGGCCGUAGGGCCCAGCCUUCCGAGGCAGAAGGCCCCAUUGGCGGACGACAAGCUGUUACUUAUUCCUGUUGGGGGUUGGGGUAAAUUUUUUUGACCUUUUUUUACCGAGUUUGGGGGGUUGUGAUGGUUGUGGGGAUGGUGGCGGUGAAAGCUGCAACCUGUGCAACUUUAUCGCAUUUAUUUUUUAUUUUUAAUUUAUUUUAGAAUGGGGGUCGAGGAGGGGGAGGGGAAGCACCGCGUUGGAGGGUUUGCCGGGAUUUAAUGUGUACCACCGAGGGGCAUCUCCCCUGGCUGCAAUGCAUUGAAUGGAGGCCAAGAAAACAGCUUGGAGCUCAUCUUGUUAAGAUUCAUUUUUGCUAUGCACCAUUAGUACAUACAUACGUGCUCGAAAGACCCUUACUCAGUCCAAA